AGUGAAAGGAAGAGACGCGCUGAACCAGAGGACGCGGUUCGGUUCCCGCCUGAUCUGAAGGCUGCUUUUCACUCCAGUGUUUCCAGUCUCUCGAGCUCCGAUCAUCCAGGCGGUGGUGGAACACACACACACACACACGCGGUGACUCACUGCUGUGGAUCAUCGAACACAAUCUGAGUUCACAACUUUGGACCGGAACAACUGAGCUCCGACAUGGACCCGAGACUGAGGAGAGGAGCCUCGCUCACAGCUGCAGCACAGAAGAGGGACUACACCCUGAAGCAGGAUGAGAUUAUAAUCCGGCCUCCAUCACUUGGUCGUCUGGAGAAGAUCUUUUGGAGGCACAACGGCGAGAAAGUUGCUACAUUCGACGGCAGCAAACAACAUUUCUACGGCUCCUAUGACGACAGAACCAUACUGGACCGGUUGAGUGCAACACUCUGGAUCAGAGAAGUGCGGUUGGAGGACAGAGGAGAAUAUGAGCUGGAGGUUUGGGUCAAAGAUCAGAACCACCAGACUAAAAAAGAGUAUCAUCGUUGGGAGGUGACAGCUGAAGUGUCCAUCACCAGUGUUUCCUGUGAGAUGGAUGGUGACCACCAGGCAAAGCUGGUCUGCUCUGCUGAGUCCAGUCACCCUCAGCUACUGAACUAUGAGUGGAGCUUCAAGGGAACUAAACAUCGCGGCUCCAACCUGACGAUUGGCCUGGAGGAGCAACAUGACGAGACGGUGUUCACCUGUCGUGUCAGCAGCCCUCUGAGUGAAGACAAAGCUACUUUAGCAGCCAGGAAAUGUUACCCAGAAACUCCAGAGUCUGUGGUGCCGACUGUCGUCCCCAUCGUCGCCGUGUUGAUGGUGGCUGUGCUUCUGAUUGUGGGCCUGGUGGUCUGGAAGAGGCGUCAAGGUCACCGUGCAAAAGCGAAGGAAGCUGAUGUGGAACUCCAGGCAGCAAACCAAAGUAGGGGUUCACCUGAGGAAGAGAACCAGGCCAGAGAAGAACAUCCUCUCAUGAAGUGGCCCUCCGACUCUGUGGAUCAGGGAAGUCGUGCUGCUGACUGUGCAGGGCGACUGAAGAGGAGGCUGAAGGAGCAGUUCCACAGUGUGUCUGAGGGGGUCGCUAAAGCAGGAAACUCUGCCCCUCUGAAUCAGAUCUACACAGAGCUCUACAUCACUGAGGGGGGCACAGAGCAGGUCAACCAGGAGCACGAGGUCCGACAGAUCGAAGCAGCAACCAGGCAGCAGACCAGACCAGGAACUACCAUCAGACCAGAAGACCUCUUUAAAGCCUCACCUGACACAGAGCCACCAAUCAGGAGCCUGCUGACGAAGGGCGUGGCUGGCAUUGGGAAGACCCUCCUGACACAGAAGCUGACUCUGGACUGGGCUGAAGACAAAGCCCACCACAACUUCCAGCUGGUGUUUCCUUUCACCUUCAGAGAGCUGAACCUGCUGAAAGAGAAGCAGUUGAGUUUGGUGGAACUUGUCCAUCGCUUCUUUCCUGAAGCCAAAGACUCAGGACUCAGCAGCUUUGAAGGAGUCCAGGUUCUGUUCAUCUUGGACGGUCUGGACGAGUGUCGACUCCCUCUGGACUUCAACAGUCGGGUCCUGACAGCAGCUACAGAGUCCACCUCAGUAGACGUCCUGCUGACCAACCUCAUCAGGGGGAACCUGCUUCCCUCAGCUCAGCUCUGGAUCACCACACGACCUGCAGCAGCCAAUCAGAUCCCUCCUGAGUGUGUGGACAGGGUGACCGAGGUCAGAGGGUUCACUGACCUCCAGAAGGAGGAGUUCUUCAGGAAGAGGUUCAGAGAUGAGGAGCAGACCACCGUCAUGUCUCACAUCAGGAGCUCACGAAGCCUCUACAUCAUGUGUCACAUCCCCAUCUUCUGCUGGAUCACUGCCACAGUUCUGGAGGACAUGUUGAAGAGCAGAGAGACCGGAGAGCUGCCCAAGACCCUGACUGAGAUGUACAUCCACUUCCUGGUGGUUCAGGCCAAAGUCAAGAAGCUCAAGUACCAUGGAGGAGCUGGGACCGACCCAGUUUGGGAUCCUGAGAGCAGGAAGAUGAUGGAGUCUCUGGGAAAACUGGCUUUUGAGCAGCUGCAGAGAGGAAACUUGAUCUUCUAUGAGUCAGACCUCAGAGAGUGUGGCAUCGACAUCACAGCUGCUGCAGUUUACUCAGGAGUCUUCACACAGAUCUUCAGAGAGGAGAGAGGACUGUACCAGGACAAGGUCUUCUGCUUCAUCCACCUAAGUCUUCAGGAGUUUCUGGCUGCUCUUCAUGUCCACCUGAAGUUCUUCAACUCUGGAGUCAAUCUACUAGGUUCAUUGCUAACAUCAACACUAUCAAGAAUCUUCAGAAAGAACUUCCAUCCAGAACAGUUCUACCAGAAAGCAAUAACCGUUGCUUUGAAAAGUCCAAAUGGACAUCUGGACUUGUUCCUGCGCUUCCUCCUGGGUCUUUCUCUGCAGACCAACCAGAGGCUCCUUCCAGGUUUGUUGACCCAGACAGGAAGUGGCUCCCGGAUCCAUCAGGACACAGCAGAGUUCAUCAGGAAGAAGAUCAGUGAGAAAGUGUCUCCAGAGAGAAUCAUCAAUCUGUUCCACUGUCUGAGUGAACUGAAGGUCACUUCUCUGGUGGAGGAGGUGAAUCAGCUGCUGAGAUCAGGAGCUCUCUCCACAGCUCAACUGUCUCCUGCUCAGUGGUCCACCCUGGCCUUCAUCUUACUGUCCUCAGAGGAAGAUCUGGACGUGUUUGACCUGGAGAAAUACUCUGCUUCAGAGGAGGCUCUUGAGAGGCUGCUGCCAGUGGUCCAAGCUUCAAAAGAAGCUCGCCUGAGACUCUGUGGACUGUCAGAGAGAAGUGGUUCCCUUCUGUCCUCAGUCCUCAGCUCUCCGUCCUCUAGUCUGACACAACUGCACCUGAGUGAGAACAAGCUGAAGGAUGCAGGAGUGGAGCUGCUGUCUGCUGGACUGAAGAGUCCACACUGUCACCUGGAGACUCUCAGCCUGAGCUGCUGUGGACUGUCAGAGAGAAGUGGUUCCCUUCUGUCCUCAGUCCUCAGCUCUCCGUCCUCUAGUCUGACACAACUGCACCUGAGUGUCAACAGGGACCUGCAGGAUGCAGGAGUGGAGCUGCUGUCUGCUGGACUGAAGAGUCCACACUGUCACCUGGAGACUCUCAGCCUGAGACUCUGUGGACUGUCAGAGAGAAGUGGUUCCCUUCUGUCCUCAGUCCUCAGCUCUCCGUCCUCUAGUCUGACACUACUGGACCUGAGCUGGAACAAGCUGAAGGAUGCAGGAGUGGAGCUGCUGUCUGCUGGACUGAAGAGUCCACACUGUCACCUGGAGACUCUCAGCCUGAGCUGCUGUGAACUGUCAGAGAGAAGUGGUUCCCUUCUGUCCUCAGUCCUCAGCUCUCCGUCCUCUAGUCUGACACAACUGGACCUGAGUCAGAACAGGUACCUGAAGGAUGCAGGAGUGGAGCUGCUGUCUGCUGGACUGAAGAGUCCACACUGUCACCUGGAGACUCUCAGCCUGAGCAGGUGUUGGCUGUCAGAGAGAAGUGGUUCCCUUCUGUCCUCAGUCCUCAGCUCUCCGUCCUCUAGUCUGACACAACUGGACCUGGGCUACAACAUGGACCUGAAGGAUGCAGGAGUGGAGCUGCUGUCUGCUGGACUGAAGAGUCCACACUGUCACCUGGAGACUCUCAGUCUGUCAGGGUGUAGGAUCUCAGAGAGAGGCUGUGCUUCUCUGGCCUCAGCUCUGACCUCUAACCCCUCCCACCUGAGAAAGCUGGACCUGAGCUCCAACCAUCCAGGAGGACCAGGACUGGAGCUGCUGUCUGCUGGACUGAGGAGUCCAGACUGGAGGCUGGAGACUCUCAGGCUGAAACCCUGUGGACCAGAGAGGUUAAAGAUCUGACCUGAAGAAGUGUGAACUGACUCCGAGUCUCAGCAGCCGCUGCCGUCAUCAUGGAGAGUUUCCUGCUCGUCUGAGGCAGAGUCUCAGUGGAGAGCAGCACAGAGAAAGAGUCCUCAACAGCAGUCAGAGAAGAAGCCUCCACCCUCACAGAAGCUCUUCAUCUGUGGAAACACUUCUGUCUUCAACGCCCCAAACAGCUCAGAUGUCCAGCUUUUGCUCUUGUUUUCCAUGACUCUUUCAUGCCACUUCUUCUCUGAAGCCUUCAGUCGUGUCCAUGACUUGAACCCUGAUAUCAGCCCUUUGAUGUGGACACUUGAGGAGCCUGUGUUUUGGACACAUGGACUUUGUUCAUCACAUGUCACUGGCUGAAAUGAUCUUCCUCUGAAUGCAAACCGACAGAUGCUCAUGACUCAGUAGGAACAUGUGAUCUUCUUCUUCUCACCAAGGUAGUUCCAAACACAAGACCAUGUACCUGAACAAUGUCUUUUAGAAGUCAGCAGUGACUCGGUGAGAAGCUACGGAGAAAUGGUGUGAUGAGGUCACCAGCUGAGACCUCCAACCACGGCCUCCUGAUAUGGUGUGGGAAGAUCAACCUGCCAUUUGAUGUCUGCAGGUCUUUCAACAAGCUCUGUCACGGCUCACUUUGCCUCGUUUUGGACUCAACUCUUCCACAGUGAAAGAACCUGUUUUGGAUUUGCUGCACUGCAGGUAGAGAUGGAGGAACCUGCUUUAAAGUUCAGACGACUUUAGCUUGUGUGGAAAUGUUGGUGACGCUGGUGAAGAGGCAGGAAAUAAAGGUUGGUUCUGUUCUGGAGUGGAACAAUGAGUUUCACCUAUUUCCUCCAGGUGUUUUAAUUUCUCUCUGGCUGUUUCCACCUCACCCUGCAGAGAAGACACUGCUUCAUUCGUCUGUGAGGAGAAAAUCCAGUUAACUAACAUGUUAUAAAGGAUAUUUACAGUUUGUGUAGUUUGGUGUCAACAGAUGUGUUUGGAGUGGUUUCUGUUGUGACGUCAAACAGCAGGCAGAAGGAAGGACCUGCGAUACUUCUCCUUCACAUGCUUUGGGUGGCUCAUCCUCUCACCCUCCUGCCCCCCACCUCUUCCUGAAGGUGGUGCUGUUGCUCAUGUUAUCUGCAGCUCUGGGGUUUAUUAUCAGGAGUCUCUCCCCACUGAGGGACGAGUCAAGACUGGAGUCAAGCUAUCCGACUCUUCCGCGGUCGCAGUCAAGCUAUCCACAGUCAGAUUUUCAGUGCGCGCAGAGACAUCACAUUACGGUAGCCAUGAAACGGAGCCGAAGACUGCGAGAUGAAACAAAUAAAGCGAAUGAUUCUUGCGAAAGAAACUUU